AUGCAUACCUCAGAAAAGCUUGUUGAUGGUGCUGAUGCACGAUACUCGACGGCCGCAGCUCUUGUUGAACGUGGUGCGAAGGUGAGCGGGCGACACCCCUACAGCCUUCAGCAACGCACCUGGGACAACUAUGUUAUCCUUUUGACUCGCUCGGCACCUCACGAGAAACCAAAGUCCUCUUGUAAUCGAAGAAGGCUUGGACUUUUGUCUAUGUUCAUAUAG